UUCAGUUUUCUCUCUCUCUCCUUCCCUCUCUCCCACCCUUCCUCUAUCCCUCUCUUAUAAUAACAGACAGGCGACAGGCGACAGUCGUUCUGCAGUCGUCUGCAGUCGUUCGUACUGUGUGGCUGUCUCAACGUACAUUGGCCGUUCAUGGGUAACUUCGCACGCCGCUCUCGCGAACGCACGAAGCACAGAGAGCUUGUAAUAUUUAUAAAAUAUGUCAUGAUUUCGAGAUGUUGUCCACUUUUUUCGAAAUAAUACCUCCCUCUCGUAUAGCUGCUGAAGUCGCCUUAAAUUUGGCCUUCUAGUGUUAGUCUGCUUUUUUUUAUUCUUAAUGACCAUGCUAAAAAAUCAAUUUAGUUUUUUCUACAUAGUUGCCUUAGUGUUAAGUCGCAAGCAUGUAUUCACGUUCAACAUCGAAGUAGAGAAUUAUGCAGUGUACAAAGGUGAUCCUAGUUCUAUGUUUGGCUAUGCUGUUGCUGAAUAUCGUGAUAAGCAUGGAGGUGGUUGGGUGAUAGUUGGUGCACCAUUAAAUCAAACAAGGCAUUUAAAUAUUGACAGAGGUGGUUCAGUGUUUAAAUGUGAUAUUGCAGAAGACAGCAGAUGUUUUCCUAUUGAAUUUGACAAGAAGGGUGUGGACUAUGUAAGGUCUCACAAACAUGUCAGUGGUAUAGAGCCCAUUGAUGAAAAGUCAGGUCAGUGGUUUGGAGCAACAAUUGCAGCAUCAACUGAGGCUGGUGGCCCAUUAUUAGCAUGUGCUCCAAAAUAUCAUUGGUUUGGCUAUGUCAAGGUAAACUGGACAGUUGCUGGCUUCAAGGACUUUGUAGGCGCAUGCUGGAUUACCACAUUAGAUAAUGAAGUAGCUACUGAAUAUUCGCCAUGUCGUAACAAUGAGACUGCGGGCCAUCAUCGACAAGGUAUGUGUCAAGCAGGUUCAGCUGCUGCCAUUACUAAGGAUGGUAAGAGAUUGUUUAUUGGAGCUCCAGGAAGUUGGUAUUGGCAAGGUCAGCUGUUUUCUGUAGACAGUAACAUAAGUUUACCUUUCACACCUGCUGGCAGUGGGCUUAGACCUUAUGAGCAACCUCGGUUGCUAGCAACAAAAGAAGGUCCUGCUUAUGAAGACAAUAGCUAUCUUGGUUACUCUGUAGCAGUGGGAGAUUUUCUUGGUAACAAGGACAGUGGUGUUGCGGUUGGUGUACCGCGAGGAGCAAAUCUCAAUGGAAAAGUUUUACUAUUCUCUUCCGAAUUGUACAAUCAUCAAAAUAUCACUGGUGAACAGAUGGGUUCAUAUUUUGGCUAUGCAUUAAUUGUUACUGAUAUUGAUGCUGAUGGUUUGGAUGAUAUUGUCAUCUCUGCUCCUUUCUACACUUCACCAAAGUUAGCUGGAGUAAAAAUAGAAACUGGAAGAAUAUAUGUAUUUUAUCAAAAGGCUGAUCCAAUCAAAUUCUCAAAGUUCCAUACUAGAGAUGGUCAAAGCAACAGGGGACAAUUUGGUCUAUCACUUGCCUCUUUGGGUGACAUUGAUAUUGAUGGAUUUGGUGAUUUUGUUGUUGGUGAACCUUACGGAGGAGAUGAGAAUCGUGGUGCUGUCUAUAUUUAUCGAGGAACUCCAAAGGGUGUAGAGGAAAAAUAUUCUCAAGUGAUAUACUCAGAAAAUUUGGAGCAACCAGUAUAUACAUUUGGUUGGUCUGUUGCUGGAGGAUUAGAUUUAGAUAAAAAUGACUACACUGACCUCGUUGUUGGCGCUUAUGAGUCAAAUACAGCUUUUUAUUUUCGUGCCAGACCUGUCAUUGAGAUGGUAGCUUCUUUAGUAUUUUCUAGAAAUUUGAUCUCACUGACUGUACAUAAUUGCGCUCUGUCCGACGGUUUCCCUGUUGCUUGCGCUGAUUUUAAAGUCUGUUAUAUGUAUGUCGGCAAAGGUGCGUGGUCAAAACACGACUUCAACGUGAUGAUCACGUUGGACGUCAAGAAGAGGAAAAGUCCACGCAUGUUUUUUCUCGAUUACGAAACCAGGAGUGUGUUGACCUACCAGGUCACGUUAUCGUCUGGUCUACAGAACUGUCGACAAUUCAGAGUUUAUCUAGCAAAACAAGUGCGUGACAAAUUGACGCCGUUAGAUGCUGAAGUGCACAUAGAAUUGCAGAAUAGUUCUACGAGGGCGGCCAAUCAUUGGAAAAGCCGUAAUCCAAAAAGUAAAUUACAAGCAGUAUUGAGCCCGAAAAGUAUAAAACAAAUUGGUUCGCUCAAUAUUCAGAAAAAUUGCGGACUAGAUAAUAUUUGUAUACCAGAUCUGUCAGUGAGAGUAAAAAGACACCCUGGCGAGUACGUAUUAAAUUCACGACAUGUUCUUGAUUUGGACGUGAACAUUCAAAAUAACGGCGAGGAUGCCUUCGAAGCUUCUUAUUAUUUGUUCUUACCCAAGGGUAUAGAUUACGUCAAUGUAGAAAAUUCCAACUACUCCAGGGAAUUGAUUGUACAAUGUUCUGCUCCGAAAGAUAGUAAUAAUAAUACUCUACGCUGUGACAUCGGCAAUCCACUGCCAGCAAAGAAAAAUCUCGAUUUCAAAGUUCGCCUUCAGCCAGUUUUAUUCCACGGCAUGAAACCGAACUUUGAGCUUAACAUGAAAGUCAAUUCAUCCAACAAUGAGCGGCCUAACAGCGUUAUAGAUAACGCUUAUAGAAUCAAUGUGCCUGUGCGUGUCAACACUGUUUUGAAAUUGUACGGUGAAAGCAAACCCAAAGAAAUUGACUUCAAUUGGGCCAAGUAUGUCAAUACUAACUUUUCCAAGUCGAGUAAUUUUGAGAAAAGCCCGCUCGUUAUGCACAAUUACACGAUUCGCAACAGUGGACCAUCCGCAAUUUUAAGUACUGUUGUGAAUCUUACUUGGUCGGCCGAGACAUUGGCGGGCGAUAUUUUGCUAUAUUUGUUCGAACAGCCAGAAUUUACAGCCGGCAAAGUUGUAUGUGAUUCAGCUAAUGCAGAUUUUUUGAGUAUUAAGAAGCUGAGAGACCGUCUUUCUUCGCCGCAAGAAUUUAAUAAAUAUAAUAACAAUUUGCGCAACAAGAGGCAAGCAUAUAAUCAUGAUAGCUCAUAUAGCAUAUUUUGUACAAGUACGAGGUGUGUCUAUUUGACAUGUAAAAUUGGACAGCUGCAACAAAACGAAGAAGUAUUUAUUGUUAUGAAGUUCCUUGUCAACAUGACGACCUUGUCGAACAUAACUAAAGAGAGAUUGCAGCUUUCGUCCUUCAUGAAUGCAACGGUAACUUCGCAGCCGUUCAUUGGUGAGCCGUCUGAAAAGAUCAGGGAGUCCGUUGAAAUUGGCAUUACCGUUCAACCUUUGAUUCCACCACCAAAGCCUGACGUGAUUGACCUGUGGAUAGUCAUACUGGCUGCUUGUGCUGGAAUGGCUAUUUUGUUACUGUUAAUGUGUUUGCUGUAUAAAUGUGGCUUCUUCAAGAGAAAUCGACCUACGCCGGUACAUCUUGACAAACAACCACUUAAUUCAAGGUCUUUUUUGAGAGAAGAAUACUGAAGAGGAUAUGAACCCUAAAAGUUGACAUAAUAUUCAUUAAACUAUUUUGAAGUGCCUUUAACUCAAACGGACUGAUGUUCUGAGAAAAUUUGCUUUACUCAGAUAUUUUUAGAAUAUUUUACUUUUGUUUUAUAGCAUUUUUACGGGAAUUUUAGUGUCCCAAUAUAUAAAUUAAUUGAUUAUUAAUUAAUUUUCAAUUAAUCGUAAUGUGUUCCUAAUACCAAAAAUUAUUAAUUCAAUAUCGACUAGAAUUUUAUGAGACAAAAAUUUACUAAUUGUCAUUUUUGUAGGCAAAUUGUAAAUAAAAAUGGUUGAAAAACAAAUUUUACGUUUAGAAAAGCAUGUGAAACUAAAAUUUUUCAAAAAAUAAGAUAUUAUGCACAGGUGACUCCAUAGAGCUUGUGAUUGAGCUUAUUUUAUUUAUAAUGAAGAAAAUUGUAUAUCUUAUCUAGAAUACUUAAAGUUGAAAACAGUUUCACGGUGAUAUCUAUAUUAAAGUGAUUUUUAGACCAUGAUUAUGAAAAUUAAACAAAUUCACUAAUACACUCUUAAACUUUAAACAUAAAACAAAAAAUUUAAUUGAUAUUAUUUUUAUGUAUCUUAAAAAAUAUUCAGAUCGUUUAUUUACUUUGAGAAAGUUUUAUUAUUAAUCUUUUGCA